CUUCGCCGCCAUUGGCCACAGGCAGACAUGACCACGUCGGUUCUCGUUUUCUUCUCCUCUCUGUUCUAUACACACCUGUUUGUCGGAGACCGAGGAAAGUCCUAACCGAAGCAGAGAAGAUAGUGUGAAAAACAAUGCAGGUUGCGAUUGACUAUCUCUCGGAGAGCGUCUUCUGGCCUGUGACGUUACUGGUGGUUCCUCCCUGGAGUUUCGUGUCGUGGGCGGUGAUCGGAGUCCUGCUGUGGGUCGUUAAUCGUAUAAGGUACCCUUGGUGCCGAGACGCGUCAAAAAUGCUCGGCAAGACGGUCAUCAUCACUGGCGCCAACAAAGGCAUCGGACUAGAAACGGCUCGAGAACUGGUGACUCGAGGCGCUACCGUCGUCAUCGCCUGCAGGAGCAUGGUCAGAGGAAACGUCGCUAGAGAUGAUAUCCUGAAGGGGUUGAAAGGCAACGUGAACGGCGGAACUGUCGAAUUGGCGUACCUUGACGUCUCCUGCAUGGCCUCCGUCAGGAAGUUCGCCGCAGCCUUCCAGGGUCGCAAGAUCGAUGUGCUGAUUAACAACGCUGCAGUUGCUGAUCUGCCUCAGCAGCUGACUGAUGAGGGUCUCGAAUUGACAGUUGCUACAAACCACCUGGGGCCUUUCCUACUGACACAUCUCCUGAUGCCUGGUCUCAUUAAGGCAGGGGGCCGGGUCGUCAACGUCGCCUCCACGGGCCAUCACUGGGUCAAGAAAGCCUCCGAACUUGAUCUGGAAGGAGACCUGAAGUUCGAGUUCUCGCGUCCUUUGCGCACGCUCGAGAUCUACGUCGUCACCAAACUUAUGAAUGUUAUUUUCACCAUGGAACUUAAUAGGAAGCUAAAAGGAACAGGAGUGACGACCAAUUGCCUCCACCCCGGAGUAGUUAACACAGACAUCUUCGACCCUAUGAUUUCCCACGUCUGGUAUGGCAUCUUCAUCCGCCUCUAUGUGUGGGCAUACGCCAAGACGAAAUCCGAAGGCGCCCAGACGAGUAUUUUAGUAGCUGCUUCCGAGGGUCUCAAGAACGUCUCAGGGAAAUACUUCGAGGAUUGCAAAGAAUCCAAGCCAUCGCCACUCUCCCAGGAUGAGGGAAUCGGCAAGAAACUGUGGGAAAUAAGCGAACGCCUAGUCCAGCUGCAGCCACACGAACGCACGAUUUGAAUCCGGUCUCUGAGAUGAUUCUGUUUGUAUUCGAAUUCGUGUGAUUGGAUUCAUACCUACUGCCAUGUAACCGAAUCGACAGAAAAUAAGGAAUAAAGACUUAGACUA